UACUUGCAUGUACCCUCAUCCGCGCGAACGGGCGGCUACAAAUCUGACAGCGGCAACAUAGAAGACGGAGCGGAAAGAGCAGCCAUUCAACAGAUUGCGUCUGCUGCUGUUUGUUCGAGCCGUUCGAGGGAUACACACGACAUCGUACAGCCGUGAAACGGAACCCAUAGAUAUCGCGCUCUCACCUCCUCGAUUACUCACUCAGGGUUGUGCUAAAUGUUAGAGAUUAAGAGGAACUGUCGCGCAUACGUUGCUCGCGAGAACUUUCUGCAGCCAACCAAGUAACUUACAGCUACGAAAAUGCCGUUGGCUACGCUAACAGUCCCUUGGAAUCAUGAGCAAGUAAAUGAAAAGCAGACUUCAGAAAUUCUAUCUGCUGAAAGUCAAGAAGAGAACAUGAUUCCAAGAAGUUCUGUAGAAGCUCACUCGAAUGGCUGCUCAGAGUCUCAUGAAAUUGAAGUUCGAGAUCUUGUUCGGGAUGGCCACGAGAAAGCAGAACCCAGGCACUUUGAACUUCUUAAAGUUCUUGGGCAAGGCUCAUUUGGCAAGGUAUUUUUGGUGAGAAAAACUGUGGGAAAGGAUAGUGGGACUCUUUAUGCCAUGAAGGUCUUGAGGAAAGCAACACUCAAAGUUCGAGAUAGAGUAAGAACAAAAAUGGAAAGAAACAUUCUAGUCGACGUGGAACACCCUUUUAUAGUGCGUUUACAUUAUGCGUUCCAAACUGAGGGAAAGCUUUAUUUGAUUCUUGAUUUCUUGCGAGGAGGUGACUUGUUUUCUAGAUUGUCCAAACAGCUUAUGUUUACAGAAGAAGAUGUCAAGUUUUAUUUAGCAGAAUUAGCAUUAGCUUUGGAUCAUGUACACAGCCUUGGCAUUAUCUACAGAGAUUUGAAACCAGAGAAUAUUUUACUUGAUACAGAAGGUCAUAUAGCUUUGACAGAUUUUGGUUUGAGUAAACAGCCACUUGAUGAUACACAGACUUACUCAUUCUGUGGCACUGUUGAAUACAUGGCACCUGAAAUUGUUAACCGGAAAGGACAUUCAUUUGCAGCUGACUGGUGGAGUUUUGGUGUUUUAAUGUUUGAAAUGCUAACCGGUGCAUUACCAUUUCAAGGAGCCAAUCGUAAAGAAACUAUGACUCAAAUCCUGAAGGCCAAAUUAGGUAUGCCACAAGAAAUAUCGCCGGAAGCGCAGGCGCUCCUGCGGGUUUUAUUCAAAAGAAAUCCUGCGAAUAGACUGGGUUCUAAUGGUAUAGAUGAGAUCAAAAAUCAUAUAUUUUUCGAAACUAUUGAUUGGAACAAAUUGUACAAAAAAGAAAUAAAGCCACCGUUCAAGCCAGCCGUUAGUCAAGAGGAUGACGCAUUCUAUUUUGAUAAUGAAUUUACUUGCAAAACACCUAGAGAUUCACCAGGAGUGCCACCAAGUGCCACUGCUCAUGAAUUGUUUCGCGGAUUUAGUUUUGUAGCUCCGUGCCUACUAGACGAUCGCGAAGUAUAUGCAGAGCAUAAACCGUCUGAAAACGUAACUACUACUUUUCCGACAUAUGUUAAUCCGACGUGUAUAACAGAUGAAUAUGAUUUUAAACAAGAGAUCGGAAAAGGAAGUUAUAGUACUGUAUAUUUGGCUGUUCAUAAAGCAACGAAAGCAGAGUAUGCUAUUAAAGUGAUUGAUAGAAAAAAGCGUGAUCCAACAGAAGAAAUAGAAAUAUUGUUACGUUAUGGAAGACAUCCACAUAUUGUUACUCUGAGAGCUCUUCAUGAAGACGAAAGACACGUUUAUCUCGUUUUAGAAUUGUUGCGUGGUGGAGAACUUUUAGACAGAAUGCUACAGCGUCGUAACUUUACCGAAGCCGAAGCUGCAGAAGUCACAUAUACUAUUACUAGUGUGGUGCACUACCUUCACGAAAACGGGGUUGUUCACCGUGAUAUAAAGCCAUCAAACAUUUUAUAUGCCAAGACUGGUUUUAAUCCUUCGACUUUGUGUAUUUGCGAUCUUGGUUUUGCCAAGCAACUGAGAGCCGAAAAUGGCCUAUUAAUGACGCCUUGUUAUACAGCAAAUUUUGUAGCCCCAGAAGUAUUGAAACGUCAAGGAUACGAUGCUGCCUGUGACAUCUGGUCGCUUGGAAUUUUACUAUACAUAAUGUUAUCCGGUCGUAUACCAUUUCCCAAUACACCUGGAGAUACGGCAAACGAUAUCUUGGAUAGAAUCGGGCGUGGCUAUAUUGAUAUCGAGACCGGUGUAUGGUGUCAAAUUUCGACUGAAGCUAAAGAAUUAGUUAAACGUAUGCUGCAUGUAGACCCAGCGCGAAGGCCUACCGCAGCAAAUAUAUUGAAGCAUCCUUGGAUUGUUAACAGGCAUCGUCUACCUCUUAAUCUCUUGCCUGACAUCACCAAGGAUCCCGUAACCGUGAAGAAUGCUGUAGCUGCGACUUACCAAGCCAUGUCUAACAGCCCAAGAUUGCCGAACAUCGGUCCAGUUGUUAUGUCGGAACUUGCUCGACGUAGGACCCAAGCAAAACUAUCGGCUAAUAUUCAUGUUUGAAACAAAUUCUUGCCAUUAUGCACAAAUUAUAGCUAGAGAAAGAGUUUUGGGAGUUGCGACGGUGACUGCUGCUUCAUCGUCGUGCACAAUCAAGUGCGUGAGCCUCAACUUUUGAAGUUAAACAGUGAGAAGGUGUAGUUGCGUAUUAAUCAUUUUUAAUUCUAUUAUUACAAAACUUCACUAGAUUUCCAUGCAAGUUAAGAUUAUCGAGAAUUUUGUGAUAUUUAUUUAUUGUUUAUUUGUGCUUUUCUUGCAUGCCUAUGCAAAGAUAUAUACAUGGUAUAUUACAUUUUUAAGAACCAAAUAAUGUGAAUUGCGUCUAUCAUAACAUAUAUUUCUCCCAUUUAAAGAGUUCUGACAAACUAUAUAUGCGAUUAUGCGACGUCGAUUACAUUUAUAGUUAUGUUGAAAUAUUUUGACAUCUCGUUUGCUUAUAAUGGCCAAACGUAAAUUUAUCAAGAUUUUAUCUCCAGAGAACUCUUUUAUCUACACUUAUUAGGUAUAUAUAUAUAUAUUAUAAUAAUUAAUUUUAUCAAUCAACCAAUGUUAUAUAGAUAGACUUUACAAAUUUAUCAGUAUGUUAUUAUAGUAGCGAGUUGAAUGUUGUGCAAGUUUUAUUGAAUUUGUAGCCAUAUUACGUUAUAAGAGUGCGUUACUGGUUUAAACAGGAUCAUAUGAGUACAAUUACAAAGUUUAAAGACUAAACAAAGAGUCAAUAACACCGAUACUGAUUAUUGGCUGAUGAUUAGAUUUCUUUAAAAAGUUGAUAGAGUUCGCCAUUGCUCUCCAACAAUGUUGAUCAAUCCUAUAAUAUUCAAAAAAAUAUAUAUAUAUUGCCAUAAAUAUUCCUAACAAGCUCGUGGUCAUAUACGUGUAUAUUUUUAUACAAAGUUAAAGAGAGAAUAAAGGUAUAAAAGAGAGAUACUAAGCUAAGAUGAGAUAGAGAACAAGUAGUAAGGAUAGAUUUAAAAGUCGAGCUAGCGUGAAACGACAAAACUGUUUCUUUUAUACUUUCAUCCUUUAAUAUUAUGUAUAAGAUCAGAGCUGUCCGCAGUUGCGAUCUGCAGGGCAGUAUUUAUCUCAGGAAACUAUUUUAUGUGUUGUUAAAACUCUAAGACACCCGCUAUUCACUGCUGCACGUAUACAAUCUCGCAUGCGUGAUGGUGUCCCUAAUCAAAUUAUGAGUAUAUAAACAUAAAACUUCUGUACUUUUAAAUUGUUUAAAAUAUAAUAAUAAUACAUGUGAGCGAUUAUUGAAAUUCAAA